UGUGAUUCACCUAGUUCCUGUACGACGACCGGAGGACUUCUGCUGAAUGAUGUCGGACAUUGUGCUCUAGAGUCUAGUUUCUAAUACUGAAUACAAAGCAUGGACUCGCCGUGCAAUUGGAACAAGGCUGUGCCUUGGAAACUCGUUGUAGCGUUACUUGUGUCGAUCACAACGGUCCUGGUGACAUUUCCCUCGGAAACAACGGGCUCUGAUGUCAGCCAGUGGUACCAAGACCUCUGCAGUUACAAAUGGGAGGCUAUAGACUGGGACAGCAAAGUGAAAUACACACUGAAGCUCUGUGAUUCCUCACCUAACACAGGAUGCGGAGCCGGUAGUGCUGUCUGUGCCCGCAACCUCACCAGUCAAAAGAAUCAGUCAGUGGGUGAUCUGUCCUUGAAGAAGGCGACUGAGAGCAGCGUGAUAGAUUUCAACAGCACUGAGAAGUGCCCAGGCAGUAGUGGGACUAAUGUCCAGAGCAGCAUCAGUUUCCAGUGUGGGAAGACAAUGGGAACACCAGAGUUUGUAACUGUGGCCCAGUGUGUUCAUUACUUUGAAUGGAGAACAUAUGCAGCCUGCAAAAAUAAUAAAUACAAGCCCGUUAAAGAGGUCCCCUGCUAUGUCUUUGACACGGAUGGGAAAAAGCAUGAUCUGAACCCACUCAUCAAACUCACAGAUGGUUACCUGGUGGAUGACUCCGAAGAUGAAGUUCACUUUUAUAUUAACAUAUGCAGAAGCCUAAACCGUCCAGGGAGCCUCUGCCCCGCGGGCUCUGCUGCCUGCCUGACCACCAGCAAGGGCUCCUUCAGCAUGGGCCUACCCACCACCCAGCUAGAGCUGGAAUCCAGUGACAGAUUGAGGCUGCGAUACGAGGAAGCCCCGGACAGCACGCCGGACUUCUGCAGCGGCCACACCCCUGCUGUCACCAUCACCUUCAUCUGCCCCUCACGCAGGCAGGAGGGUACUGACCCCAAGAUGACAGCCAAGUCCAACUGCAGGUAUGAGGUAGAGUGGGUGACGGAGUAUGCUUGCCACAGAGACUACCUAGAGAGUCACAACUGCACCCUGACCAGCAAGCAGCACGACAUCAACAUAGACCUCACCCACCUCACUCUUGGCUCUACAGACGACCCCUAUAUGGCUGAGGCCAAGAGCAGCGAUGGGAAGGACAACUAUUUCUACUACCUGAAUGUGUGCGGAGAAAUCAAGGCAGGAGAGUGCGGUGGCGACCCGCACUAUGUGUCUGCUUGCCAAGUCAAAGCAACGGGAGAUCAAAGCAGAAAGAUAGCUGGGAGAUACCACAAUCAAUCACUAAGGUACUCCGAUGGCGACCUGACACUGAUCUAUCCAGAUGGGAGCAGGUGCAGCUCUGGCUUUCAGCGCAUGACCAUCAUCAACUUUGAGUGCAACAAAACAGCGGGAAACGACGGCAGAGGCUCGCCUGUGUUCGCUGGUGAAACAGACUGCACCUAUUACUUUGACUGGCAGACGGCUUCCGCCUGUGUCGAGGAGGAGGAGGAGGAUCUACUCUGCAGGGUCAGCCAGUAUAAACACUAUGACCUGUCCCCCUUAACACGCUACCCUGAGUCUGAGUCGGCCCAGAACUGGGAGGCUGUGGACGCCAACGCCUCCGAGUCAGACAAAAUGCGCUUCUACGUCAACGUGUGUCACAAAGUCCUCCAGCAGGGGGCCACCAGUACAUGCCCUGAGGACGCUGCCAUCUGCGCCGUGGGAAAAGACAAUGUUAUCAGCUUGGGCAAAUUCCUCACCUCCCCGACAAAAAGAAAUGACAGCAACGACAUACGCCUGGUCUACACAGAGGGAGAUGAAUGUAGGAAGAACAUGAAAGUGAAGAGCAUCAUGAUUCUGAAAUGCAAGCCAGGUGAUCUAGAGAGUGCUCCCAUCAUGCGGCACAUGUCCAGUGAUGGCUGUGUGUAUGAGUUUGAGUGGUACACGGCUGCAGCCUGUGUUAUGUCCAGGACAGUCGGGGACAACUGCAAGGUGGAAGACCCCCAAGCUGGAUUCUCAUUUGACCUGUCCCCCUUGUCUAAACCUGGAGGAGGCUUUUACAAUAUGUCCAACGGAGAUUAUGACUACUUCAUUAACGUCUGUGGCUCUGUCACUGCAGCCAAAUGCCCUCUGAAAGCCGGGGCCUGUCAGGUGGACCAGAGUGGCUCUAACUCAUGGAGCCUGGGGGAGUUUAACUCUCAGCUGUCCUACUAUGACGGGAUGAUCAAGCUGUCCUACAGCAACGGCUCUCGGUACAACAACGUGCAGCACACACUGCGCUCCACCAUGAUCUCAUUCCUCUGUGACCGAGAGGCCGGCGCCGGCAAGCCUGAGUUCGAGGUUGAGGACAAGUACACUUAUAACUUCAGGUGGUAUACAUCCUACGCCUGCCCAGAGAGGCCACAUGAGUGUGUGGUGACAGACCCCAACACACUGGACCAGUAUGACCUGUCCAGUCUCUCCCGGUCUAGUGGAGGGAGGAACUGGCAGGCCAUGGACCUGUCUGACCCAAACAACCUGAGGAAGUACUACAUCAACGUGUGUCGUCCUCUGAACGCCGUGCAGGGUUGUGACCGCCAAGCCUCUGUCUGCCAGAUGAAAUACCAGCCUCAGCAGGGCAUUCUGUCUGAAACAGUGUCUGUCAGUAACAUGGGCCUGGCUAAGAGAGGUCCAGCGAUUGAGGAGAAGGAUCGCCUGCUGCUGGAGUACUCAGACGGCUCCGAGUGCAUCUCAGACGGCCUGAAACUCACCUACACCACACGUAUCCACCUGGUCUGCUCCAGAGGAUUUGUGUCGUCCGGCCCUCGUUUCCUCAAUUAUGGGAACUGUACUGCCAACUUCAUGUGGGAGACCGGGGCAGCUUGUGCCAUCAGUACUGCUGAUGACCAGAACAUGACCUGCUCUGUGAGGGAUCCCAACACUGGCUUUGAGUUCAAUCUGCUUCCUCUGGCCUCCAAGACUGGCUACAAGGCUGAAGGCAAUGGGAAAACCUUUGUGGUGAAUAUCUGUGGCGAGGUGGCAGAGUGUGGGAAGGACCAGGGGAAGCCUGUAGCUGGGUGUGAGCUGGACAAUGGCCUGGUUGUUGGUCCUGUGGGAGUGGAGAGAUCUCUACAGUACUCUACUGAUGGCCUGCUCACACUCACAUACAAAGGAGACAUGAACAAGCCUACAGGCACCAGGGACACCUUCACCAUUAGUUUUGUUUGUGACCAGGACGCCCACCUCGGCACUCUGAAACUGGUCCGAGAGGAGCUCAGCUCGUCCACACUCGUCACACACGAUGUCUUAUUUGAGUUUUCCACAGCCCUGGCAUGCAUCCCUGCCCCUGUGGACUGUCGUGUCACUGAUUCCCACGGUAACGUGUAUGACCUGAGUCACCUGAGCAGGGACAGUGACGACAGUCCCUGGGUGGCCAUCGACACGUCUGAGCAGGCCAAGAAUCGCCGCUUCUUCAUCAACGUGUGUAAACCUCUGCCCCCAGUCCAGGGAUGCCCCGAUGUUCUCCUGGGUGCAUGUGGUACCUUGGAGGGUAAAGGUGUGAACCUGGGCUACAUCCAGUCCAGCCCCCAGGUGGCCUCUGACGGCUCCAUCAGCAUCGUCUACCUCAACGGGGACCGCUGUGACAAAGGCCACCACUCCACACGUAUCAUCUUGCAGUGUGACGACAACCCUGGCUCUCCUGUAUUUGACCGUCAAGACGGCUGUGAGUAUGUGUUCAUCUGGAGAACCUCCGAGGCGUGUCCUCUCACCAGUGCUCAGGGUGAAAACUGUAAAGUCAAGGACCCCAGAAGUGGCUACAUGUUUGACAUGAGUUCCCUGUCAGGGAAGGACUACAUGGUGAAGAGUGGCCAGUACCAAUACCACUUCUCUGUCUGCGGGGGGCUUAAGAGAGGGAUCUGCACACACAAAGACACAGGAAGUGACCAGGUGUCAGCCUGUCAGGUGAAAGACAGCACCCACAGAAUCGCUGGGUUGGCCUCACAGACUCUGAGCUAUGUUGGAGAUCAGAUCGUCCUCAACUACACUGGUGGGGAGACAUGCCACAAGAUCUACCAGAGAUCCACAGAGAUCUACUUCUCCUGUCAUCCUAAAAUGAACCCUGGGGUGCCAGAGUUCAUCAAGGAGACUGCGGAGUGCACCUACCUGUUUACCUGGCGUACUGCUCUCGCCUGUAUCCCAGUCAAGACUACGAGCUGCUCCUACCAAGAUUCUAAUGGGAACUCGUACGACCUCUCUUCUCUGGCCCUGGACUCCAGAAACUGGGUGGUGGAGCCCAGCACUGGGAAGCAGGAGCGCUACUACAUCAACGUCUGCAAGUCUCUGGUGCAACAGGGGGGCUCCUGGAAGUGUCCGUCCAACGCAGCGUCCUGUCUGAAGAGCGGGGAACACUAUGUGAGUCUGGGAGAGGCCGAGUCGGCGCCACAGUGGGACCAGAACAUCCUGGUACUCAAGUACACCAACGGAGAGAUGUGUCCCGGUGGACAGAGGAAUAAGAGUACCAUUGUACGCUUCAAAUGUGACCGGGACAAAGUGGACUCGAGGCCUACACUGAUAACGGCCAUAGAGGAGUGUGUCUACACCUUUGUGUGGUUCACUGCAGCCGCCUGCCCCCUCAACAGCACCCAGCACGGAGACUGCAGAGUCACCAAUCCAGUCACCGGCCACCUCUUUGACCUGAACGGACUAAGCCAGGAGGGAGGCUACACUGUGUACGACAACCUGGACCCUUGGAAGAUGUUCCGGCUCAACGUGUGUGGGGAAAUAGCCAACGCAGGCUGUGGACCAGACACCGGUGUGUGUAUCAAGGAGACCAAGAGUGCUCUGAGUGGCGGACGGGCCAGCAGGGAGCUGUCAUACCUGGACCAGGUGGUGGAGCUAACCUAUGAGGGCGGGGCUGUGUGUGCCGCCAACCCCGCCCUCACACACAAGAGCAUCAUCAGCUUUGUGUGCAAGGCCCACGGUGAGGCCAGCACGGGGCCGGUACUGGUGGACUCGGACAAGAACACGUGCACACACUUCUUCUCCUGGCACACGCCCUUGGUGUGUGAACACCAGGUCAAGUGUUCAGUCCUGAACGGCUCUACCCUAAUCGACCUGACCCCUCUGAUCCACGUGACGGGCUACUACACAGCCACCAACGAGGACCUGGUGGACAAGGACCAGUCCCCUGACUUCUACAUCAACAUCUGCCAGCCCCUAAACCCCAUCCCUGGGGUCACCUGUCCCCCAGGGGCCGCUGUCUGCAUGGACCCCGUCCAAGGGCCCCCCAUAGACAUUGGUCGAGUCACCUCCGGUCCGGAGUUCAACGGCGUGACCAAUGAGGUGUCAAUCACCUUCAACAGCACCACCGCCUGCCCCUCUGACCCCACCCAGAACUACACCUCCACCAUCAUGUUCACCUGCCAGAGGGGCCUGGAGCUGGGCUCACCCCAGAUGAUCAGGAAGCACAAGUGUAUGUAUGUGUUUGAGUGGGCCACUCCCGUGGUCUGUUCUGACGCCACGCAGACCAAAGGCUGCACCCUGACAGACUCUCAGCUGCAGUUCACCUUUGACCUCUCACCCCUCUCUGGGGAGAUUCAGGUGCCUGUCGGCUCAGAGACCUAUAAGAUCAAUGUGUGUGGGGAGGUGGCAGACCCCAGCUGUAAGAACAGUGCAGUGUGUGUGCAGUCGCCGGGCGGAUCAGCGUUCUCCUACGGCAUCAGCCAGGCCAUGACUAUGGACUACAAACACGAGGAGCAGGCUGUCAUCAUGCAGUACGGAGGAGGAGACGUCUGCCCUCCAGUGACUGAGAAUGAGGAGGUUUGCGUUUUUCCCUUCAACUUCCUGAAGAAGUCGUAUACGGUGUGUACAACCGAGGGCAGGAUGGACGGGAGACUAUGGUGUGCCACCACCAGUGACUUUGACAAGGACAAGAAAUGGGGAUUCUGCGUUCACGUGACAGGGAAGAGGCAGUCGUCCAUCCUGUUCACCUGUGACCAGUCAGCCGGCCAUGGCACCCCACAGCUGCUGAGUGAGACUGGGGGCUGCGCUGCCACCUUCCAGUGGAAAACCAUGGCUGUGUGCCCACCCAAGAAGAUGGAGUGUAAGCUGGUGAACCAGCACCAGACCUUCAACCUGCGCACCCUCUCCUCUCUCACCGAGCCGUGGAAGUUCAGCCACAACAAAGCAGCGUAUUACAUCAACCUGUGCCAGGGGAUCCAUGGGGGCCUGCCAGACUGCCCCGAGGGCGCCACGGUGUGCCGGAAGACCAGCGAUGGGAAGACCCAGACCCUGGGCCUCGUCUACACCCAGAAGAUGGCAGUCUCUGAUGAGAAGAUCCUAGUGAGCUACGCUAUGGGAGACACUGUGUGUGGGAACGGCCUCCAGGCCAAGACAGUGGUCCAGCUGACAUGUGGUCCUAAUAUAGGCCAGCCCAAGCUGCUGAGCGUGGAUGAUGCCUCGUGUGAAUUCGUGCUGGGCUGGGAGACGCGUGCGGCAUGCGCUGUUCAACAACAUGAGGUGGUGAUGGUCAAUGGAACCGUCAAAGUCCCCGAUACAGGGGACAACUUCAGCCUGGGGGCCCUCUACCACAGGCUCUACCAGGCCUCUGGGGACAUCCGCGCCAACGGGGACAAGUACAUCUAUGACAUCCAGCUGUCAGGCAUCACCAACAGCUCCUUCUCCAAGUGUCUGGGGGCAAACAUUUGCCAAGUGAAGAUCAAUGGAGACCACAGGAGGAAGAUCGGCUUCUCCAGCAAGGCCAAGUACUACAUCAAAGAUGGUAACCUGGACGUGCUGGUCCCAUCUGAGUCUGUGUGUGGGCGGGACAAGUCCACGAUGGUGUCGUCGGCCAUCUUGUUCCACUGUAACCCCUCAGCAGGAGAGGGCAUCCCAGAGUUCCUGUUGGAGACGGAUGGAUGCCAGUACCUCUUUACCUGGCACACCGCCACUGUUUGUGGUCUAGUAACCUCCGUGUCCAAGAAGACUACUGACGAUGGAGGGCAGGACACUACAGGCUUGUCUGGAAGGAGACGGGCAGUCCUGAGCAUGCUAUUGGUUGUGGUGGCCAUCUGUCUGCUGGUUCUGCUACUGCACAAACGAGAGCGGAGGGAGCUGGUGAUGCAGAAAAUCACUGGAUGUUGUAGGAGAGGAAAUCCUGUCUCUUAUAAAUACUCAAAGGUGAACAUGGAUGAUGAGGGAGGGGAGGAUGAGAUGGAGUGGCUAAUGGAGGAGAUUGAGGCACCAGCCAUGUCUUCCCGCCUGGGGAAGGAGCACCAGGAAAACGGCCACAUCACCACCAAGCCCGUCAAUGCCGACGCCCUACGCUCCUUUUCCCUGGAAGAGCAGGAGGACAGCGAGGAGGAGGUCUUGUCCGUCCCCGGGGUUUGCGUCCUUGGUGGCCGGACCACCCUGCGGCCCUCAGGAUCCAGGACCCGCUCCUCGGGGCCCCUCCGCAGUGCCCUGUUGGAGGAGGAGAUUGACGAGGACCUGGUGGGGGACGGGGACAGGAGGGGUAGGGCCAAGCCUUGCCGUAACAACAGACCCCCCCACAGGAAACAACAAAACCCCCAGGAUGACAGCGAUGAGGACCUGCUGACAGUGUGAGGGACUCUCCAUCCUCCCCCUUUCCACCUAAACUAUUAUCUCUCUCCUCUUCUCUCCUCUCUCUUUGAAUGUCUCCACACAACGAUGACAACGCAAGAAAGCAGAAGCCCUUAGAGGCUUCUAAAGAAAACGAUGCAGAAUGUCUGUUGGCUGUUUUACAGUUUUAAAAAGCAGAUUUGUUUUUGUCCCCUCUUCAAAAGAAAGUUGAUUCCUUCCUGAUGACAAAUGGUGUUUUCAUCAAAUAAUUGUAUUUGGACUAUUUGAUUUAGUUGAUGUACAUAGGUAAUGUUAUAAAGUGCCUUCAGAAAGUAUUCAUGCCCCUUGACUUAUUCCACAUUUUGUUGUUACAGCCUCAAUUCAAAAUGGAUUAAAAACACACAAUACCCCAUAAUGAUCAAGUGAAAACAUGUUUUUAGAAAUUUUAGCACAUUUUUGGAAAAUGAAAUACAUACUGUAAUUGGACAAGGAAAUGUGCGAUACAGAGUUUUAUUGGACCAGUUUAAAAAGAUUGACGUUUCGGACUUCAAUGGCCUUCUUCAGAAGAAUCACAAAGGGAAUGUAAUAUGGAAAAUGAAAACUUAUUGACUCAAAACAUUUCCGCUUUUAUGUUUAAUUAGUCGUAAACAUUUCUAAAAACAUAAUUCCACUUUGACAUAAUUUUGUAUUGUAUGUAGGCCAGUGACACAAAGUCUCAAUUUAAUCCAUUUAAAAUUCGGGCUGUAACACAACAGAAUGUGGAAGAAGUCAAGGGUUAUGAAAACCUUCUGAAGACACUGUGCAUAUAUGGAUUUAAAAUGUGUCACUUGCAUUUUCCAGAGAAUCACUUAUUCACAUUUUAAAUUAAUUUUGUGGACUGAUUUUCACGUUGAAUCUCUAUACUGCUAACCUUGCAAGGUUUGGGCAUGAAAAACCUCUUAAGUUAUUGGGGGGGAAAGGGACUGGAUACUGUGGUGCUCAUUUCAUGAAUCAUAGCAAUGGUUAAUAUGAUUGUUAGGUUGUAUUAUUCAGAGAUCCUCAAAUCAUUAUGGGGUUUUGUACUUGCGCACCAAAUAUGCAUCACAGGCACAGAUAGUUCCUGUAUCUGUUAAGUGCUAAACAUUAACUCUGCUUCUAGAGCAGGGCUAUUCAACUCUUACCCUAUGAAGUUCAGAGCCUGGGUUUUCUCUUCUACCCACCUGGUCUAAAUUAGUCCCUGAUUAGAGGGGAACAAUGAAAGAAUUCAGUGGAUCUAGGUUCAAGGUCCAGAGAUGAGUUUGAGGGUUCUAGAUGUUGCCUUGUCAAAGUCAUGACCUAAGUUUAUUUGAAAAGGGAAGUUUUCUGUCGAGCUACAACUCCCCUUUGUGUCAAACUGCAUGUGCUAUCCCUCAUAAAUGGAAGUAAGGAAAGCUGUAGUGCCAUGAUUAAAUGUAUUUGUGAGCUUGAGAUCCCCUUUCAGUGUUGCUCAGCAGUAUCUAUCCCAUGAAGUCGCUACUGCAGGGGUGUCAAACUCAUUCCAUGGAGGGCCUCGUGUCUGGGUUUUUCCUUUCAAUAAAGACCUAGACAACCAGGCGAGGGGAGUUCUUUACUAAUUAGUGACCUUAAUUAUCAAGUACAAGGGAGACAGCGAAAGUCCGUAGGCACCCGGCCCUCCAUGGAAUGGGGUUACAGCAGCAAUCCCAGUGUGAGUAUUUUUCUAUGAAAAUACAGUGAGCUACGAAGUAUUGGGACACAUGUUUGUUGUUGUUUUAGCUAAGUUCUCCAGCACAUUUAGAAGUUACCGCACUUUUUGUACAUAGGCCCCCCAAUUUAGGGGACCAAAAAUAUUGUGACAUAUUCACUUGUGUGCAUUAAAGUAUUCAAAAGAUUAGUGUUUAGUCCCAUAUUCCUAGCACACGAUGGCCCUACAAACUUGUUGGAUGCGUUUGCGGUUUGUUUUGCUUGUGUUUCAGAAUUUUUUUGCCCAAUAGAAGUGAAUGGUAAUAAUGUAUUUUGGAGUCACUUUUAUUGUAAGUAAGAAUAGAAUAUGUUUCUCAACACUUCUACAUUUAAUGUGGAUACUACCAUGAUUAUUGAGAGUCUUGACGGGAUCGUGAAUAAAGACUAAUUAUACCCCCCAAAAAUGCUAACCUUCCCUGUUAUUGUAAUGGUGAGAGGUUAGCAUGUCUUGGGGGUAUGGUAUUUGGGACAAUACCCUCAAAUUAAAGCUGACAGUCUGCACUUUAACCUCAUAGUCAUUGUAUCAUUUCAAAUCCAAAGUUUACAGAGACAAAACAACAAAGUGUAACACUGUCCCAAUACUUUUGGAGCUCACUGUAUGGAUUAUUUGAAAUUAAUUUAGCAUUUAUCAGUUGGCAUAUACACACACACACCAGUACACAAACCAUGUGUACACAGGCAGUCACUAAUUCUACUCAUGUAUCUUUAGUUGGGACAAUGUCUCAUAAAUGUCAGUGGUACAGAACAGUAAUGAGAAAUGCUUUUGAAGUGGAACUCACCUCACUAACAAGUCUGACUAUAUGAUUCUUUGACAAAGUUCUCUCUCUUGGACUGGACUUCAAGUUAGACUUCAAGAUGGAGAGUUUAUUUGUAAUGCCACUGUUUUAUCACUAGUGUUGAAGCUAAUAUUCACACCGUAGCAAACGGCCGGCCACAUAGCGACCUUAUCCAAAAAGUGAUGGUUCACCUUUCAGGGUAUUAAGGUUUGUACACGUUAUUAAUAGGAGUUUUGCCGAGGUGGUCCUCCCCGCAGAAGAAGAAAAAGCUUCACAAUAUUUUCCAUGUUUUUUUUUGUUUAGUUUUUUUAUCACAUUUUGUAUUUAUUUUCAUGUUUCCACACCUCCAAGAUCAUGAAUUGAAUUUGUGACAUAACUGCACAAGGGUACUUUGAUAUGGGGAAAGAGCACUUGCUACUGUACCUUCUCUGGAGCGAUAGAAAGUCAUCCUGUGUGGUAAUGAUGCAACGAGUAAUGCUUGUUGCAUCAUGUCUAGCUCUGCUGUAAGCACCAAAGCACGUCUGCUUGGUUCAUUUAUUUGGGUACGAAACGUGGGGAAGGGGCUCCUUGAGCUCCAUUCUGAUGAGGUGAUUUUGUUCUUGUAUGUUAUGUUCUCAAAUGUGUUUUACUGCAUUUUUCUGUUUUUCAUAUUUCAAAUGUUAAAAAAAAAAUAUUGCAUUAUUUUAAUAAAUAAAGAGAUCAGCUGUC